AUGGCGGCAGUGGCUUCUGUAGCAGACUUAUUAGACGAUUUAAAUUUUCCGGAAAGCGUGCUAGAAAUUUUUCAAUCUUGCGGAAUCGGACCGUUUGAACUGAUCAAGAUUUCUGCCGAGGAGUUGGAAGAGUACUUGUCCCAAUCCGAUGUAGACUGGGAAAUUGAAUACAUUUUUGGAAUAAUCACAUCUUGGCGCAAACGAAAUAAAUCAGCUAUCCUCAAUUUAUUAGGAGGAGCAACGAAAGGCAAUCCCCAGCAUCUACUUCUAACAUCGGAUGCCGCAAUAAGUAUUCCGACCCACUUUCCUGAAAAAAGCGCGUGCCAGCCAAUCGAGGCACCGGAUGAGUGCUCCUUGUCUUCCAACUACAAAGCAGAGAUAGUCGUGCCCGAGGUAGCAGUGGACAUCAAUUCCGGAUGUUUAUCUCCCAAAGAUCCUACUGAUGAUAAAACAAACCUCGCAGGAACAGUGGCAGUUGCGCAAACUAGUGUCGUGGUGCCUGUCGGCUGUACAAAUCACACAGAACAAAAUCCGGAAAUAACUAGAAGCACACAUUGUCAACAUAGCGUGAUCAAGUUUUUGGAAUCAUCUUCCGAAGAUCUUCCCGGUAACCACCAAUCAGGAACAGCAAUAACAACACAAAUUUCCGGAUCUUCUGCCUUCUACAACAGUUCGACGGUUGCUAACUCGACGACUUCAACGAGCAGUAUUCCCAAGCCCUCUACUUCGAGAAGUCAUGCAAUUGAUCCUACAUGUGAAUUGGCAAGUCGCCAAAGAACUGUAGAAGGCGCAGGUGAUAAAAACAACAACGAAGCUUUUACAAGUUCCCCGGAUUUCACUGUCAAAUUGUUGAGUGAGCUUCUUCUCAGCACUGAGGAAGGAAAGGAUAUAAUUCAAAGAUCCACCUUGGGUGAACUGAGCGAGGCCAAACAAUUGGCCUUAGCCGGAAUCAUUGCGAAGUACCAUCUGGCGUCUACGAGUUCCCUUCGUGCCGAUAUUCUGCAGAAAUAUACAUUGGCUAUCACUACCCUCUUCAAGUCAGAACGUGAGGAAAACUAUUUCAUCCCACGAGGAGGCGAUCGUCGUAACAUCGGUGGGAAAAUUGCCAAUAAAAUAGGCAAUUUGAAACAGAAGAGAAGAAGAAACGACGUGAGAGAAGAAGCGCACUUGAAAAAGCUCAAACCUGAUGAAUCCGGUGAAGAUACCGUUGACGAAAUGUCAAGAGAAGCUGAAGAAUGGCUUGCUUUGAAUAAUAGUCCAUGGUCCACAGUACUUGACAAAUGGAAUGCAAGCUUCACUUCACGUAAGCGGUUGCUGUCAAAUAGGAAAUCAACUGUAAAAAUCAUCAAAACCUACAGUCACUACAAACAAGCAUACGGUUUUCAACUGAUUGAUGCUGACUUUCGACUUCUGUCGCUUGGACAAUCGACUGGUUUGCAAACAUUGGCCACUAUUCGCCCUGCAUUGAUCUCCUACAUAUCCAAAAAGGCAUUGGAUCCAUCAGCUGAAAAUUUGUUGAAGCUAUUGACGAGUUGCUCUACAAGUGAAAAUACCAGGCAUUGUGCUCUCUUGUUAGCUUUGCAUACAGUAUUACCACCUAUUGCAGCAGGAGCACGAUACAAACCUACAGUUUGUGUAGCCCAAGAAGAUACAGUUGUAUUUGCAACUUCUCUGGAUGAAGCAAAAGGGAAAGUAGAAAACAUUUAUUCAGGAUACGAGGAACGAAAUCUACCACUUGUCCCAAAACUAAUGUUCAUUGGAUCGGGGGUAACCCAGAUUGACGGUCCUUUCUACGUGUAUUAUGGUGACAUAUGCUACGAGUUGGACUCAGCAGCGCGAGCGACGGACGUACUUUUGAAACUGUCAUCUGUUUUCGGGCUACCAUUCUCUAAACUGUCGAAGCUAGUUUGGCAGUUUCUUAGCUGUUAUGUUUAUCGAGUCUCUCAUCGUGAAACAUAUGCAGCAAUAAACCGACUGACGAGAUUCCUUGAUUUAUACCAUAAAUAAUUUCAUAUGAAAAUGAUCCCUUGUAUGCUAACCAAUUGUAAUGCUUGCUUUUUCGACGUGAACGUCUACUUGGACCAUUUGAAAAAUGUACACGUAGUCCCAACAGCUUACCGUUAUCGAUGUACAGUACCACAUUGCUCUCAAAUAUUUUCUAUGUUUUACCCAUUUAAAAAGCACAUAACGAAGCAUUUACUGUCAACCGAUCCGUCCCAUACUAAUAUUCAGGAGCAGAAUGAAUUAAGUUAUGAUAACAGGGAACAAACUGUACAAAAUGGUAAUAGCCAAAUACCUAGUAAAAAGCAAAAGAUGGAGGACGAUACAAGUAGCGAUUUAAAUGGAAUUUCUUAUUGUUAUAAGGCAAUUGAUGAAAAAUCUGUUAAUUUCACAUUGGGCAUGCACAUGAAAAAUAACAUGACCCGCAAAGAUGUCUAUGAAAUUCAAGAUCAAGUGUCUGAAAUAUUCAGAGAAGUAGCUUGUCAAUUAGAGCAACUUGAUGUGAAGUUUGAUGAUCCAGAGAUAGAAUUUAGUUUUAAGUGCUACCUAGUUAAACUUAAGCAAAUGUUUUCGUUUAUAAGUUCUGAUCAUAAAUUUUUUAAGCAUCUACGCAUUAAUGGAGGAUUUCAGUUGCCAGUAAUGAUAUCUAUUGAAAACGACAAUAUCAACCGAAAACCAGUUGAUGUAGUGAAUGAAGCAGAUAUUGACACAAUCGCUAGUUACUUGAUGCUAAUGCCUAUUGAUUAUCAAAUUAAAUCUUUUUUCGAAUGCGAUGAUUUGCUAGAACAAACCAUUACAAAUACGAACAAAUUAGAAAAGACAUCUAUCAUUACCAAUUACGUUUCUACUUGCAAAUGGAAGGCAAUUAAAGAAAAGUAUAAGGAAGAUAUCGUCAUUCCAUUAUGGUUUUACAGUGACGAGUUUGAGGUUAAUGAUCCACAAAGCUCGCAUAGUAAUCGGCAUGCUGUCUGUGGAUUAUAUUACAGCUUUCCUACAAUUCCCGAAGAGUUUCAAGCAAAACUAUGUAAUAUAUUCGUAGCAGGUAUGAUUAAAAAGACUGAUAUAAAAACUGCAGGAUUCAAUAAGUUAUUGAAUGUUCUCGUAAAGAAAUUUAAAACUAUUGAAGAGGAAGGAAUCAUGUUCACAUUGAAUAACCAACCAACGUUAGUGCGGUUUGUGUUGUCUUUGGUACAAGGGGACAAUUUGGGGGUGCAUUCAUUGCUCCUUCUAUCUAGUGGUUUCAAUUCCACUUUCUAUUGUCGUUUCUGUAGGCGACCGAAGGAUUUACUUAAGACAGAUAUAAAAGAACACGCGGAUUGUAUGCGUCGUAAGCAUGAUUUUGAAGAAGACCUUGCAGCUAAUCGACAUUGUGAUACAGGUAUAUCAGGAAAUUCUAUAUUCAAUGAGUUACCAUCCUUUCACGUAGUGGAGAACAUAAGUGCAGAUGCAAUGCAUGAUAUGUAUAGUAAUGGAAUUUGCAAGUAUGGAUUUACCGAAGCGCUUGAUUACUUUGUUUAUACGAAAAAAUAUUUCACAUUAAGUGAGUUCAAUACGAGGAGAAAACAGUUCGCCCAAUUAUGUAUAGAUAAUGAACUAAAACGUAUGCCAGAUGUAACAGAAAGUUACAGUAGCAGGGAAAAAAGGAAAACGGUUUCGUUACGAAUGACAUCAAGUGAAAUGCGUUGUUUUACGCACUAUUUUACCUUAAUUAUAGGCCAGUCCAUUCCAACCGACGAUCUUGUAUGGACCUAUUGCAAAUCAUUGAUUAAUUUAGUUGAAUCAUGCCUUCAGCACUCAUUCUCAUUCGAUAACAUUGAACAUUUGCGUAACCAGAUUAGUAGCCAUCAUAGUUUAUAUCUAAAAUUGUUUAAAACUGACCUUAAGCCUAAGCAUCACUUUAUCACCCAUUAUCCAUCCAUCAUUAAAACUUCUGGGCCGAUUAUUAAAAUGAUGUGCUUUCGUUAUGAAGCUAAACUUAGAGCAUUCAAACAAUAUGCUCACGUAAUGUCUUCAAGGAAAAAUCUAUGCUACACUCUUGGAGUUAAGGCCAGCUUGCAAUUCUAUUUUGAUUUAACUCACAAAAACUUCAACAACAACUGCCAUGCUAACAACUUUCGUAUAGGUGACUUAAGACUAAGGCAUUACUUCAGUAACUUACUUCAACCAUUACGCUUAAAUUCGGAAUUCACUGUUAUGUUCUCGAAUGAUAUUGAAUAUAAGGGAACCAAGUACAAGGCUGGUAAUUUCAUGCCAUUAAUAGAAAACAAUAAAAUGCAGCUGUAUGAGAUUUUAGAGUUUAUUGCAUUAGAAGGUUGUAUGUACAUAGUCAUUCAGCAAUGGGAAAUUGGCGAAUUUAAUAACCAUUUCUUGGCAUACCAAGCUAAAGCACGGACACACAUAGUUGAAAUAAUUGAUAUUGAUGUAUUUAAUACGUUACCGAUCAUGUUAUAUCAUAUUGGCGGCAGUUUUAUAUUAAGAGAAAUUUUGUAACUGAUUACAAUUAACAUAUAUGUAUACCCUGAUGUAUACAUUUCUGGGAACGAAAUAUAUGUCAAUUCAAUUGAUAAAUAAUGAAUAAAUGUAAUUAAACGUA